UUUGGUCGUUACUAAAGUUAAAAGUCCAUACAUUAUCAGGGAUAAAUAACUUUUAAUACAUAAUAAUUGUAAGGGAUAUUGCAACAUGUUACAAUUUAUAAAAGGGUCGAGACACAAAAUUUCAUUAUGCUCCGUAGUUGAGGGCGGGAAGCACGACUUCCUGCGUCCCAUUUUUGAGGAAACGUAAACACCUAUCCUAAAAUAGAUCUGAAGACACGGCGAGACUUAAACUUGCGCUCGAUUAUUUUAGACAGCGGCGGUCGUUAAACAAUCAAAAGGGGUCAACGACCUAUCACUCGUCGAUACGUUUAUGAGGACGCGGCGGAGACACGUGGGCCGCGGACGUGCAGCAUGGCAGUGCCACGCCGUGCCAGGAAUCGGGAAUCAUCCCAGUUGAAGUGAAAGGCCGGGAGUACAGGUUCGCGCGCCGCCGGGCGGUCUCGUCCUGCCGUCGGAGUCGCCAUGGCAACGAAUGACAAACAUUGUCAAACGCAGUCGGGCGGCGAUAAAGCGAGCGUCAUUUGCGGCGAGGAUGCGGUCAUGUUCGACGAGAGCGUAGCGGUGGAGGGGAAGGAAGUAGACAGCUCCGGGAGCUCCGAGGAGGGUGCCGUGCGCGCCGCCAUGAGCAGGUUCCAGCCACCGGUGCGCCAUACCGCAAGGCACGACUUCCACUCGGACAGCGACAGCGACAGCGAGUCCGGCGCCGGCGAACCUCCCGCCCGCCUGCCUCACCACCAGUCGCCACAAAGGAGAGCGAAGACUCCUGAGCAGCGAGAGGCGGGCGGCGGCGGCGGCGGCGGCGAUCGGCAACGCACCGGCCCGCAGCGCCGCCGCGACACCUCACACUCUGAGUCUGACAGUGGCGAGGAUGUGGCAGUGCGCGAGACGCCAGGGCGCGCGCUACUCGCAGAGGGCGCCUACGACCCCAAGCAUUUUCAGGACCUCAAGGUGCCUCCCGACAUGGACAACUUGUUCCAGUAUAUAAUGAAGUAUACUCCGCAGAAGAUCGAGCUGGAGGGGCGGCUGCGCGCGUUCGUGCCAGAGUGCGCGCCGGCCGUGGGCGACUGCGACGCCCUGCUCAAGCUGAGCACCCCGCCCGCCGCGCCGCUCGGCACGUCGCCGCUCUCCGACCGCCUGCUCGAACACAUUGACAACCUAGGUGCGGCGCUGCUGGACGAGCCGGCGGCCGCGCAGAGCGAGCCCGCGCUGCUGCAGCUGCGUCUGCGCGCGCUCGCCCGCUCCGCCGGCGGCAGGACCGCGCUGACGAGGAAGAUCAGCGAGGCGGAGCGCAACCCGGCCGCCAUCGAGCGCUGGAUCCGGGACGUGGGCGAGCUGCACGCCGGCCGGCCGCCGCCCGCGCUCGCCUACACCUGUAAAAUGCCGGACAUCGACAGCCUGAUGGAGGAGUGGCCGGCGAGCGUGGAGGCGGUGCUGGGGGCGGGUGUGGGGGCGGGCGUGCCGGGCGCGGCGCUGCGGUGCUCGGUGGCGCAGUACGCGGCGCUGGCGUGCGCGGUGCUGGACGUGCCGGUGUCGGGGCGGGGCCUGCGCCCGCUGCUGCAGGGGCUGCACCUGCUGUUCGCGCUCUACUCCGCCGUCAAGAGCUCGCAGCUGUACGCGCAGCGGCAGAGGGAGGCCGACGACGACUCCGCGGCACACACUUAGCACUACGAGUGCCAUUUAGUUAAGAAAAUAUGUUGUAUUAAUAUAUUUUGUUUGUCAUUUGUUUCAAUAAAGGCUAUUUU